AAGUGAGCGAGGGAAGGGAACAUAAACAUGAGAGUUAGAACGCAGCCCUAAAUCUACGGUGUUUUUCGGACUGAGAAGAAGAAGCAAGCAGGAGGAAUUACUCCAGGAGAAACUACUGACAUACUAUUGUAAAGAUGGAGUUUAAAGAAGAACCCUGCAGAAUAAAAGAUGAAGAUACAGAGGAACAAAUAGACCUGAUGGAAGUGAAUGAAGACAAACAGCAAAAACCUCAUCAUUUCAAAAAUGAAGAUGAAAGUGAAGUCACUUCUCAGACUGAAAAGAUUUUCACACACAAACGAGCUGGAAAAACUGGAUCUUUCACCUGCUCUGAGUGUGGUAUGAGUUUAACACAUAAAACAAACCUUAAGAGACACAUGAGAAUUCACACUGGAGAAAAACUGUUCACAUGCCCUCAGUGUGGGAAGAGUUUCAUUCAGAAAGGAAGCUUAAAUGAUCACAUGAGAUCUCACACUGGAGAAAAACCGUUCACGUGCACUCAGUGUGGAAAGAGUUUCACUCAGAAAGGAAGCUUAAAUGUGCACAUGAGAAUUCACACUGGAGAAAAACCGUUCACAUGCACUCAGUGUGGAAAGAGUUUCAAAUGCAACAGUCUUCUCAAAGAUCAUCUGCUCUUUCACUCUGGAGUGAGAUUAUUCAGCUGUGAUCAGUGUGAUAAAACAUUUGUUGCACAAUCAUACUUGAGAAAACACCUUAUAGUUCAUACUGAUGCGAAGCCUCACUUUUGUUCUUUUUGUGGAAAAAGCUUUUCACUACUGAGGUAUUUAAAAGAUCAUGAAAGUAUUCACACUGGUGUGAGACCUUAUGUGUGCUCUGACUGUGGGAAGAGCUAUUUUUCAUCCAGCCACUUACAAACACACCAGAGAAUUCAUACCGGAGAGAAACCUUACAAGUGCUUACACUGUGGAAAGAGUUUUGCUCGGCCAGGACACCUGAAAGAUCAUAAGAGAGUUCAUACUGGAGAGAAACCGUACAAGUGCUCACACUGUGGAAAGGGUUUUGCUCGGUCAGGACACCUGAAAGAUCAUGAGAGAGUUCAUACUGGAGAGAAGCCGCACCAGUGCUCUUCAUGUGGGAAGAGUUACACCCAAUCAUCUAGUCUACAGUCUCAUAAGAAAAAGCAUUGCCUGCAGUUGCCUGAAGGGCACGCGUGAUGUAAACGGAAGUACCGACUAAGUGUAAGACUAACGUACUGUCUGAAUAGGUGCUACAUUUGAAUUUGAACUUACUUUUUUAAUGGUCGUUAAGUAUGUACUAUAUAGUAUGAAUGGGGGUAGUAUGAAUGCAAUCCGGACAUACUACAUCCGCCAUGUUAUCAUUAUCACGUGACCUACCGGCGUCAGUUACGUUGCUUCACCUCCAUUCAUAAAUCCUCUCUUGUGGCCUCAUGGGAUAGUAAAGUGUCAAUUGAAUGUGCACUUCAGAAUCUUGCCAGAAGUAGUAGGACAUCCGGGGACUUUUCACCGACUAUUUUUUGAAUUCUAUGAAUUCGGACGUACUAUGUUGUCGUUCUGUUUUUCGCAUACUAUAUAGUAGUGAAGUGUUCGAUUUUGGACGCAGGGUAAGUCAAACGCCCUUUAAAAAAGAAGGUAAAACAACAAUGUCGAACGAUUUUGAAGGAGAAAAUUAUAUAUAUAUAUAUAUACAGUGCACAGCAUAAAUGAGUACACCCCCUCUGAAACUUCUGAAAGUCAGCAAUUACUCAAUUACUUAGAAGACGGUUCUUUAGAGAUAUAAUGUUCCAGCAAGUCUGCUUAAUCAAUUACCAAAGAAGCAUGUCAAAAUUAUUCAGGAAAAUAAGAUUUUCUUAUCAAGGUGAUAACAUGUUGUGUAGCAAAAAUGAGUACACCCUCCUAAAAGUUACUAAAUAAAACGAAAUAAAAAUUUUCUGGUGUAAGUUUAAGGCAAUGUUUGUUCAACAGGUAAGUAUGUUGAACCAAAACAGUUAAAGAGAAGUAAUUUCUUGACAAUUAAAAGUGUUAUAUAGCCCACUGAAUCAUUCUCAGACAACCGUGAACCACUUGGGAGAGAACUGUCAGGAGACUUAUUUCUUCACACAAAAGAGGACAGUUGUACAAGAGGAUUACCAAAAGUGUGAAAAUAUAGCAAAAGUAAUACAGAAAUUCAAAAACAAUGGACUUGUGACAAAGCCCCUGAAAUAAUCAGGCCUUCAUUUUAAGCUUUCAUUUAGUGAUGAGGGAUUUUUUUUGCUAGACAAAGAGCAGGAGAAAUACCAAGCGAGUGUCUCAGAGCCAGCAAAAGCUAUGAAAAGAGUGACUGUUUAUCUCACAGAGUAAGAUGCAGCCUGCAGAAAUGACAUGAAUGGUUGUUGUUCUCACUGGAACUACCUACUGUAGCCAAAGAACAAUAAAGUCAGUCAUUUCCAAAGCCCAUAUUUACAAAAUAUAGAUUCUGGGAAUCAAUACUCUAGUCUCAUGAGACCAAAUCAAUCAUUUUGGAUCUAACAGCAUCCAAAUUGUUAUGGUGUUGCUAGAGGAGGAGUACAGUGAGAAGUGCCUGGUUCCCACAGUAAAGUUCAGUGGUAGUAAAGCUCUUAUAUAGGGGUGUAUGAGUGCUGAAGGUGUGAGGGAGUUGUGCUUUAUCAAUGCUGUCAUGAAUUCCCACACCAUUGUGUAAUUUAAUACACAAACUUGAAACAGAAGAUGUUACCCUUUCCUCAUUCCCUGCAUUGUUGGGCAUUUUUUCAACAUGACAAUAAGGAUAUGCAUUCUCCCAAGGUGAAAAACCUUCUGUGGACAUGUAUUGCACUCAAUCAUAACACUCUUGAACACCUGUGGGGGAUUCUGUAGAGACGAGUUGAGCAACACUCCCCAUUAAAGAUCACGGCAUUUAAGGAGCUCAUCAUCCAGGAGUUAAACAGGACAGAUGUGACAAUUUGUCAUGAACUUGUACACUCCGUGCCAAGAAGGGUCAGAGCAGUAUAUUCAAAAUUAUGGAGGGCAUACUAAGUGCUAGAAUAUUAUACAUUUGUUGAAUUAAAUCUAGGGUGUACUCAUUUCUGCAAUCCUUAAUUUAAACAAAAUUGGCUAAUUUACUUAUUUUAUGGCUAUUAAUGACAUAUAUUUCUCAGUUUUUAUGUACAGUAUAUGUUUAAUACAUUUUAGUUUUGCCAUCUUUCCAUGAAUUGUAUUACUGAUCAUAAAGAAAAUACAUCUUUUGUACUUCUUCAGAGGGGGUGUACUCAUUUAUGCUGUGCACUGUAUAUAUAUAUAUAUAUAUAUAUAUAUGAAUGUAUGGGAUGGCGUGAGUAGUAGUAAACAAUGAGAGAAUUUUCAUUUUUGGGUGGAGUUAACCUUUAAAGAUCAAGAUGUGAUGCAGAAAUAUAUUCCUGACAGAAUACGACAGCUGUAUUGUUGUGUGCUGAGUUAAUGAUGAGUGACAGAAAUAAAACAUGCAAAACUGA